AUGCCGAAGGACGUCAAGCAGAAGUCUGGCAUCAUUGCCGGCAUCAACGCUGGCCACAAGGUCACCCCCAGGACUCCUGCCGCCAGGAUCUCCAGGAGGAAGGGUUUCCUUUCCAAGCGCACCGCUUUCGUCAGGGAGAUCACCCGUGAGGUCGCCGGUCUUGCCCCCUACGAGAAGCGCGUCAUCGAACUCCUCCGUAACUCCAAGGACAAGCGUGCCCGCCGUCUUGCGAAGAAGAGGCUCGGUACCUUCGGUCGCGCGAAGAGAAAGGUUGACGAGAUGACCAAGGUUAUCGCCGAGUCGAGGCGUGCUGGUCACUAA